AUGAUCUUCGAGGGGCACAAAUCUGGAAGACCAGCCAGCACAUCCCGGCAGAAUACAGGACCACCCAACACCACCCAGCAACGAUCAGCAUCUCAUAGCACCACUCAACACAACCUAGAAAGUCCCAGCACCAUUCAACAAAGCUCAGCAUCUCCCAAAACCACUCAGUACCAUCCAUCACCACCAUCACCAACCGUCACCACCCUUCACCAUUCUUCACCACCCAUUACCAACAAUCACCAACCAUCACCAACUAUCAUCAACCAUCACCACCCAUCAACACCCAUCACCACCCAUAACCAGCCACCACCAACUAUCACCAACUAUCACCACCUAUCACCAACCAUCAUCACCAAGCACCAACCAUCACCACCAAGCACCAACUAUCACCAUCCAUCACCAACCAUCACCAACUAUCACCAACCAUCACCAUCCAUCAACACCCAUCACCACCCAUCACCAACCAUCACCAACUAUCCCCUACCAGCAACGACCAUCACCAACCAUCACCAAGCAUCACUAACUAUCACCAACCAGCAACGACUAUCACCGACCAUCACCAACCAUCACCAACCAUCACCAACCAGCACCACCCAGCAAAACCCAGCAACACCUAGCACGACCAAAGAAAAGAAACUUCCCUCUCCAGGACGCAGUCAGUUCCGCUGA